AGAGUGGACAGGAUGGUGUUGGACUCCGGGCAGCAAAAUCCGAAUUCAUGGAUGAUGUUCAGACACACAUAUGGGUGAGAAAGAGCAUAUGAAGACUCUCUUUUUUGGAUUUCACAGCCCACUCCCAAUCACCACAAGCAACUUAUAACAUCGAACUGCACAGGAGCGAUUUCAAUUAAAUCAAACCCAUGGCUGUGAUACAGAGCCAGCUGACCGCUACGCUCCUGACCUCCAUCGUGGCAGCGGUCUUUGGCUCCCUGCAAAUUGGAUAUCACACAGGGAAUGUCAACGCUCCAGCCAGGAUCAUUGAGGAGUUCUUCAAUGUGACAUGGAGGUCUCGACACAAUCAGUCCAUGCCCGACCACAGUCUCACCUUUCUGUGGUCACUCUCUGUCAGCAUCAAAGACUUUGGAGCCCUCCUGGGGUCACUUGGGGUCAAAUGUCUUGCAGACUAUUAUGGAAGACGGAAUUCCAUCCUGAUCGUGAACAUCUUGUCCAUCAUAAGUGCCUGUUUGAUGGUCUCCAGCAAGAGCCUGCAGUCCUUUGAGGUCCUUAUCAUGGGCCGGCUGAUCUUUGGUCUAUUCUGUGGCCUUGCCAUGAGCCUAAACCCCCUCUAUAUCCAGGGGGUCUCGCCCACCAACCUACGUGGUGCCUUUGCCACCCUGAACCAGGUCUCCUUUGCUUCGGGUAUUCUGUUGGGCAUGGUGGUCGGCUUGGAGACCGUUCUGGGCACAGAGGAUAACUGGGCCAUGAUGCUGUCUUUGUCCCUCAUCCCUGCGGUGUUGCAAUAUUUGACCCUACCUUUCUGUCCCGAGAGUCCUCGCUACCUGCUUAUCAACCAGGGCAAGGAGGAGCAGGCAGAAAAAGCCUUGCAGAGACUCCGGGGCAAUCCUAACAUAGUCUUGCAGGAACUAGAGGAGAUGAAAGAGGAGGCGACCAACAGCGAAUCGGGUGUCACCAUCAGAGAAUUCCUCACAAAGAGGCGCUACAGGCAGCCAAUCAGACUGGUUCUGAUUAUCAAUUUGGGCAGCCAGUUGUCUGGUUUCAAUGCAAUUAUAAAUUAUUCAACAAAAAUAUUUGACAAGUCAAAAUUUGAUGAGGCGAAAUAUCUGACGCUGGGGGUUGGGGCCGUCAAUGUGGCAUUCACCAUAGUCGCUUUUUUCUUGGUGGAAAGAGCUGGCCGCAGGCGCUUGCUUCUGACCGGCUUCCUGUCUUUGGCACUAUGCAACAUGAUGAUGACAAUUACAGAUUCCAUCCUGCAUAUUGUGCCAGAUGUGCGGAGCCUGCAUGUCUUCGUGGUGUUUUUCCUCAUCUCUUCGUAUGAGGUCGGGCCGGGGCCCAUUUCCUGGUUCAUUGCUGCAGAACUCUUUGACCAGUCUGCCCGGCCCAUGGCCAUGGCCUUCACUAGCAUGCUCAACUGGGGAGGGAAGUUUCUGCUGGCACUGCUAUUCCCUCCACUACUCAAACUCUGUGGACCUUAUGUAUAUCUGCUCUUUAUGGCAAUGGCCAUUGUAUCAUUCUUCUACACCCUGUUCCGUCUGCCCGAGACCCGUGGGCGUACGUUUGAUGACAUUGCAGCAGAGUUCCGUGGGUCAGAGGGCAUCCUGCUCCGAAACAAGACCAACUUCAACACAUUCAGCACCUGAGUGGCCCAGAUACACCAACAACAUGCAGCACGAGCUGCCUCAGACACAGCUGUGAGCUUCUGUCCUCAGCAGGUCUCUUUCUGUGUGCUGUGCUCUACAAGUCUUUGAUGGCUAGGACUUGGACAAUGACAAUGCUCUCCUGUUGAGUGAGUGUAAUCUGAACAUGGGUGAUCAUUUUUUUUCUACAUAUUUUACCGUUACAGUUAAUAUUCUUCAGUCUCGCUUGCAGGAUGUACUUCUCUGAGGGUUGGAUUGUAGUACUGAGAAGAGAAUUUACCUCUCCAAGUUAUUAUUGGCCUGUGAAUUCUGGCACACCUCUGACCUGUGUACAUUUGAAACACUCAUGUGAAUGAUAUGAGGUUGCUGAGUGCGAAGACCAGACAUCUUUGCCUUUGCUUGAAUGACUUGAUUGAGGCUCAUGAAUGGAAAGACCACAUGAUGCCUCUGGAGAAGAGAUACCAUAACAGGUAUUUUAUUGUUUUAAUGUAUAGUAUAUUGUAUGUUUAUUUAUGUAAAUGUAUACAGCAAACAAAAAGGUACAUUUAAAUAAAUUAAAUCAAUUGUC